GAGCCCUGAGGUGCAGCAGCAGCUGAUUUGCUGUCAGAGAGCCCAGCCGCUUUCCUAUUGGCCGGCAGUGACCAGAACAGCAGCUGAUUGGUUCGGGAGAGCUCGGUCCACGUCUGUUUGUCUGUCGUUCAGUCUGUGGCUCAGUCUGUGGCUCAGUGCGCAGGGUCCCCGAGUUCCCUCAGCAGCUAGGAGGUGGACUUGGACCUUAAACCUGAUCCUCCUCUGUUGUUCUUCCUCUGGAGGACCGGUCUUCUUGCUGGUCCGGGUUUUUCCCACACGGGUCUAGGUCAGACUGUCUCUGCUGGACUGAACAUGUUUCUGUUUCUGCUGCUGUGAUUUCACAUCUGAGACUUUGAUCCUCCGGUGGCUGCUCAUUCCGGUCUCUGCAUGUUAAAACGCCUCUGUCUCUGGAGAAAUGUCAGCUGUCAGCUCGGACCAGAUCCUGACCGGAGAGCAGAACCCAACCGGAGCCGAGCCAGAGCAGCAGGAGGCCGGGAUCCUGCAGCCGCAGACCGUGUUUGUCAUCCUUGACUCGGCUGAAACACUCAAUCUGGUCCGUGAGUCCGGAAGUUCUGGGAACAUCUGUGAUCUUGUUGUUGUUGUAGAUGUGGAGACCAAAGCUCUGAUCAAAGAGAGACAGAAGAAGGACAACCACAACCUCAUCGAGAGGAGGAGGAGGUUCAACAUCAACGAUCGGAUCAAAGAACUUGGAGGGCUCAUCCCCAAAUCCACUGACCUGGAGAUGAGGUGGAACAAAGGAACCAUCCUGAAGGCGUCGGUGGAUUACAUCCGCAAACUGCAGAAAGAGCAGCAGAGAGCCCGAGAGAUGGAGGAGAGACAGAGGAGGCUGGAGAACACCAACCGCUCCCUGCUGCUCCGCAUUCAGGAGCUGGAGCUUCAGGCUCGCCUCCACGGCCUCUCCUCCUCCUCCUCCUCCUCGCCUCCCCCCACCUCCUCCUCCUCCUCUCUGGACCCCCAGGCCCUGCUCUCCCCCACACUGCCUCACCCCUUCUCCUCCUCCUCCCCUUCCUCCUCCCUGGUGACUCCCUCCCUGGGUCUGGACGCCCUGAGCUUCGUGGAGCUGGACGAGCCCCGGGGAGCCUCCACAGUCUUCUCCCCGGACCUGAUGUCUGACGUGGGGCUAACGGAGCUCCACGGCCUGGGAGACAUCCUGAUGGAGGAGGGGGGAGGAGGCGGAGGAGGGGUGAUGUCCGACCCCCUGCUGUCCUGCGGAGCCUCGAAGACCAGCAGCAGGAGGAGCAGCUUCAGCAUGGACGAGGACCUCUGAUGACAUCAUUACACACGCAGGGAUCUGAUUGGCUAGAGCUAGAGGCAGGACUACGACCAGAGUUUUUUUAAUUUUUAUGGUUUCAUAGAGAUAUUUUUAAUCGGUGACAUCAUCCAGACAAACAACGCACAAACGUGAUGUCACCUGGAGCAGCUUUCUACUGUGUAGCCAUGGUAACCACUGUGAAUUCCCUAGUGUGACCAAGGCAACCGCUUGUUCUCCAGUGUCUCCAUGGUAACCACGAUGUGUCUUAUAGUUUUUCCAUGAUAACCGACACGUCCCCCACUGUCACCACGGUAACCGUGGUAACUACUGUGUCUUCCAGUGUACCCUCAGUACCAGGUAUGUGUUCUCCAGUGUCACCGUGGUAACAGCUGUGUCGUCUCACCUCUGUCAACAUCGGCCCAGAAACGACAGACCAGAAGCUGAUUGGCUAUUAAUGAACAAACUCGCAGUUGAUUGGUCGACAGCAGCGGCUGAUCGAUAAUUCUCAAUCAGUUCAGUGAAAAUGAAAAUGGGUUUUAAAGUUUUUUAGGAAUCUGAAUGUGUUGGCGUUUUAGUGCAGGAGGAACAAGGUUUCUGUUUGUUUUCACCGUCAACGAAGAAUUUACGCGUCAGAAUGAACGAGGGUUCGUUUUAAAGUCUCUGCAGCGCGACGAACGUGAAACACACACGUGUUCUCUGAUCGAGUUUCUUGUCUUAAUUCGUCAUGGUUGCUGUUAAAGGUCCCAUAUAUGACACCUCUCCGGUGUUUCAUCGGAAGUUUUGAUGUCAACCUGAAAAUAUGUUUGUGGUUUUAAGCACCAAAAACCGUCUCAGUGUAGUUUUACAUCUCCUUCUCUCAGCCAAUCAGCAGAGAGGCUCUGAGCCUCUCGGGCAGCUGGGACGCUAAGAGUGGAAGACCACAUGCACGAAACAUGCUUUGCCGGGGCAGCAGCCACGAAGACGGAGCUCUGACUCCAGGCUGCGGGUAAGCGAGUUUACGGUCCUCGCACACACGGACGUGAUAAGAGCUGCUUCUCAGUCCGAGUGUCGCUCACGAAACCACCAAACUGACAAAAUGCGAAACUUAAACGGCACGAUAAAAGUGCUCCGACGAUCGGUGGAAGAUUUUCACAAAGAUUAAAAGCCGAAAAGAUCGUCUGACAGGAUGAACAAGAAGAGUCGUUAAUGGAGAUCCAUCAAAAAGCAAAAUAAGAAAUAAAAAAACAGCAGAUUUCAGGCAAACACUCCAGAGAAACCAAAUCCUGCAACGGUGGCCGGCUGGUCCGGUUGGGCCGUGCCGGACUGUUUCGUUCUGACAUCACUGAGUUACGUUAGUCCUGACGGCUCCUUUACAGGCUCGGUUUCUGAAGACGGGCCGCGUGCCAUUCUCCGUAGACGGAGCGUUUGAUACGUUCUCAGUUAUUACACAGAACCUAGACCUGGUUUCUGAUCGAGGAGACAUGGAAAUCUCACUUUCUACAAUAGGGGACCUUUGUUAUCCAUUGUGUUUGACCAAUCAGCGACCUGCAGCACUGUAAACUGUGUCCUGAUUGGUCCACGGUACAGUCAGCAGCUGAGAGACUCUGAGUCCCAGAAACUAAAACCUAUGGUCCUCUUGUCCACUUGGUGUGGAAGACCGCUCCCUCCAGGGAGAAGAAAAAACUGAUGAACAGUCUGAGUAAGAAAAAAUAAAAAAUCACACCCAAAGUCAAAUGAAGUCAGUAAUUAAAGGAAAUCCAUGGUGGCUCAGGGACUUAAGGUGUCCCUGGUUCAGUUUGUUGCAUUUUGUCCAAAUCUUAGAUAAAGUCCAAAAAACACAUGAAAAAAAUGCUAAUUUAAAACAGUGACUCGCUCAAAUGAAAAUAUUAAAUGCAAAGUCAAAAUUCUGACUAAAUAUUUGAUCCACUUGACUUUAAAAGUCUGAGUCAAAACCGGAUUUACGAUCUCAUCAUUAUGUUUCCAGAAAAGUUCCUCAGGUCAUGGCCACACCUGGCCACGCCCCCAUCUGUGAUGUCACAGCAGGUGUCUCACCUGCAGCGGCAUCAAACGAUUCACGGUCAAAACCCCAAAGUAGAAACCUGGGGUUCAGUCUGAAAGCGGCGUGAGACGGCGCGAGACGGGUUUCCAGGUGCGUUACCGCUCGGCUGGCGGGCGUGUUACCCAAUCAGCAGCGACGUGUAUAAACCCCGCCGUACGGAAAAGGCGGUGCGCGUGCGUAACCUGGCAGGUUGUCCAACGCUUCACCGUGCCCCCGGUGUUUUAUAGUGUUCUUCACCAGUUUAACCAGCAGGUUUGUUCUCACCUGCGACUGUGGUUUGAAGACUCACUUUGGACUAAAGAUGUUAUUCUCGAGAUGUCACGGACAAAAACCGUCGAAACAAGUGCAGACCUGGAGUCUGCGUAGUGGAAGAAAAACCGGCCGGUGUCUGUCGUGACUCCCUCAGCUCAGUGCUGCGAAUGAGGAAUAUUGUACAUAAACACCCGAGUCUAGAAUCACUGUGCUGGAAACAAACUGCGAGGAGACAGUUCAGCGGAAGAGAGGGAAACGUUAGCUGGUUGUUUACUGCGCGUCGGAGGAACACACCUGUUCAGGUGCAUUUUCUUGUUCAUUAUUCAGUUGUUAUCUCUUGUUACUGAUGCAUGUGUUUUCUGUUUGAAAUGAGCUUCAGAGGAAACAGAAGGGAAACUUUAACUCAGUCCAUCAUCAUCAGCAUCAUCAGUUAAAGGACUGUAACGCUGUUUUUUCUCCAGAUUCUGGGUUGUUCAUUUUCCCAACCAUCCAUCAGUUUUUCAGUGAUUUUCCCUCCUUCCAGAGCCGCCGCUGUGCUCGGUGUGUCUGUGUGAAAAUCAGCCUGUCAGCGGUUUUACUGUGUCUCUGUCAGCUUUUUAAAAUCUCCCGUUAAAGCUCGGACACCUGAGAUUUGAGGAAACGCCAACAACAGACAGCUUCAGUGUUUGAUUGUUUGUCCUCUCCAGUGUUGCCAGAUUUGAGAAAGACUUGUCCAGUCAGAGCCCAGAACCCGUCCAGUCGUUUUAAAAUGAGCCCAAUUUUACACUCUCAUUUGUCCAAAUAUAUAUCUAUGUGUGAAAUACGAGUUUAAAUAUCAGUAUAAUUAGAUGAUUUUUUUUCUACAAAGUCUUUCCGGAUAAUGUUACAUUAAACAUUAAAAGUCUUCACUUUUGGAAAAUGACGCUGUGAUCAGCUCCUGUUGCAGUGCAGCCACUGAUGUCCAGACGACUACCACUGGGUCACUGUGAUACUGAAGGAAACUUAAAAACGGGAAGAUUCUGAAUGAAGUUCUGCAGCCUCCUUUUCCUCUGGUUUCUCAGUGGAUUUCUGGAGCUUUACUGCGGAGGGACAUCAGAGAUCAUGACGUCCUUGCUGCAGUCUGUCUCUGGGUGUUUUACAGUGUCUCACCUUAAUGUCCUCCGUGAGCUGUGUCACUGUCACUGCAGCGGCUGCGGCCGUCGAUCGUGUUGAUCAGCAGCUUCCUGUUGUUUGCAGAUCACCUGUAUACGCCUGUCCCUCUCACCUCACACGGCGUCUUUGCCUGUAGGUAUAAAACGCCCCAAUGGUACAAAAAGUAGAUGAAAUCACAACAACCUGCCCAGAUCUAUUUUUACCUCCCAGUCAGCCCAGUCUGGCAACACUGGCUGAGAUCUGGAUCCACCUCAGGAUCCUGUUGGUGGCUCCCUCACUGAAGCAGAAAUAUUAAACCGUGGUCGGAACAGAAAGCCAUAAACAUUUCUGUCUGUUACAUGAGAUGAUGUUAGUGAUGUGACUCCGGUCACCAUAGCAACGGGAGCCUCUGAGCCAGCUGUCAGUCUUCGGGAUCAGAUAAAGGGAUUCACGUCUGUCUUCUAUUACUGUUUUGAUUUAUGCCAUUUAUGUGUUUCAUCAUGUUAACACCUGUAGUCUGAAUGUGAUCGCUUUCUUUUUAUAGAUCAUUUAUGUUUCAGAUUCAAACUUUUAUAUAGAAAUAAAGUCACUUGA